AUGAAAAGUAAAAGGAGAAUGGACGAGUGGUCCAAAUUUAUUCCAAAAAUCUUAUCUUCAGUUGUCAAAAUAUUCUACAUCUAUAUGCCGUUAGACAAACCUUCAUCGGAAGAUGUAAAAUUUAAUGGGAAUAUUCCUUUUCACUUAUUGUAUACUCAGCUUCAAGAAUUUGCCACUAACAAGAAUCCAGACACACAUCCCUCUACCUGGUUUGAUGAAGAUGCUUUUAAGUCUCGUCUUGAUGCCAUCAAGGCCGAUUAUAAAAGGCGGAAAGAACAGGAGUCAAUUUUAAGAGAUAGCGGUUUAAUUUCGUCAUGGGUUAAUUCGCUUUCCUCAUUUGAAUGCCUUGAAAAUGGUUUCAUUUCUGUUUCUUCCGUCGGCGUCCAAACCGAUGAAGCAUCUAGCCUUGGUGUUUGCCCUCAAUCGACUCCGGAAAAAUCGGCGCAAGCUAAAACUCUUUUGCCUCAAUCAAUACGCAAUUUUCUUGAAGAUGGCGAUUCGUCGGUUAAUGUUUCAACUCCUCCAGCUGAGCCUGUACGAAAAGCUAAUAUAGAUUUUAAAAAUCUCCGAAAUGUUAAUAUACCCCUUUCCGAGGACCCAGAGACGACCAUGCAUCGUCGUAGAAUACCGUGGACCCUUUCAGAAACUCUUGCCCUUUGGCACGAGGUUCAAGAAGCCUUGCCCAACCCUCCUUCAUGGGCAAAGAUCAGGGACAAAGUAUUUGCCUCCUCUCGACGCACAAAUGUGGACCUGAAAGAUCGUUGGAGGGUCAUUCAAAAGGACAAAGCUCUCCAGAAGCAAAUUCGGCUCUACUAUGACAAAUGGCUUGCGGACCAAAAGAAGAGUCCCAAAAAAUAA